CAGCCAGAGGAGAACAACGGAGCAGCCUCCCAAACAAACAGCGUGGGCAGUGUACAGUUUAUAAUACAAUAAAAACAAAGAGUUCAGGAUAGUUUCUGCUCUUUUAAUAAGGCCGCUAGAGAGUUCAGGACUAAUGCAGCGGUGAUAUCCACUCCUAGCGGCGGCUGGGUGGUGGUGCUGUUUAGCAUUAGCUAGCCUGUUAGCUGGUACUAAAGCAGCUGGUCACAAACAAAACAAAGGAAAGAAAAGAUCAUUUAAAAAAAAAUACUUACAACUUUAAGUUAAAUCUGUAUCACCGGUAGGGACCGCUGUGUCGUAAUAAUCAAGUUUAGCAGUUAGUUUGUUGAGACUGGCGUAACGUUACAUACUUAACGAAGCUGUUGUUAGGUCGUCUGAGGAUUGACAUCUGUGAACACUGGCUUUAGCUUCAGCUAACAACGCUAGAAGAACACAAUGAGCACCGAGGCAGAGACCGCAGCUAAAACCACUCCGGAGGAUGAUGGCAUGACGUGGUGGUACCGAUGGCUCUGUAAAAUAGCCGGAGUUUUGGGAGGAAUGUCCUGUGCCAUCGCAGGAGUGUGGAACUGUGUCACUGUGAACCCUUUAAACAUCGCUGCAGGAGUGUGGAUGGUGCUGAACGCCUUCGUGCUGUUCCUGUGUGAAGUCCCAUUCUGUUGCCAGUUCAUAGAGUUUGCUAAUGCAAUAGCAGCCCGUGCAGACAAAUUCAAACCGUGGCAGAAAGCCUUCUUCUACUGCGGGAUGGCUCUAUUUCCUGUAGUCUUGAGUUUCUCCUUCACGACCUUGUUUGGAAACGCCAUCGCCUUCGCUACAGGAGUUCUGUACGGCCUUGCGUCUUUAGGCAAAAAGGGAGACGCAGUGACUUAUGCCAGACUGCAGCAUCAGAAACAGGGGGAUGAAGAGAGGAUGACGGAAAUGGCAAACGGGGCUCCGGUGUGAGGCAUCUGCCCUUCCCCCCCUCCCCGUACUCUCCUUUUUCUUCAGUUUUUACAGCCCUUCAUCCAUCUUCUGUUCUCCUUUCCUCUUUCCCAUUUCUGUCACUACAUAAUUAUGAUACUGAUUUUAUUUAUUUACUUAAACUGCUGCAUUCUUGUUCUCUUGACCUGGUAGCAUCCAAGCAGAUUGGAUUUAGCCCAUUAUUUGGUACCUGGCGUGUAAAUGGGAUCUCUCAUGAUGAAUAACUUAAAUUGUAAGCUUUGUCUUUAUGGUUUAUGGUCUUCUCAUGGGUUGUAUUUAUUAUUUGAUUCCUUUUGUUGCUGCUGUCAGUCGUAAACCCUAUUUCUGCAGGAAAAAAUGUGAGCUACGUCUUUUUAGCCCAAGAGCCUUUCAGGAAAUCCCAAUAGAUAUUAAUAUGAUUGUAAAAAUGUGACUUCAGGUUAUUUGCUACGACUUUGAGGCUGUGAUUCAGAGCUGUCUGUGUGCGGUAAGUCACCACAUAUCUGUAAAUAGCCUCAAGUGUUUCCUUAAGUGUCUCCCUGUAUUUGAAUCCAAAAUGUACCUUCAUUGGAUGACUUUUGAGUAAAGAAAAGAGCGAUUUUAAACCCACUGUGCAGACAAAACUCUGAAUUGCAGCCUGAAUGAUUUUUAAAUAUACAUUGGCAUUAGGGAUAUGUUAAACACUGGGAAUGUAUCUGGUAUACCCAAAGAUAAACACAGUUUCCAGCUGCUUUAAGCUCAGCUGAGGCAUUCCGGAAUUAAACUUUUGGUAGCAUAGACUCUGGUAGAGAGGGAAAUUCAUUAAAAGCUGUCAGUGCAUGUGUGAGCUUGUUUGCGUAUCGUUCCUCGUGAUCAGGCAGCCAAGUCGUGGCUGCAACUUAUGUGGAACAUUGUCUAAUGGAACAACUGGAAUGUGCGCUUAUUUGUUAUCCUUUUUAAAAUAUGUUUGUUCUUUGGGGGGGGUUAUAAUCUGUUACUGAACAUCUGCUGCGUUUAUUAUGAGUCUUAAUUGGUACACUCUACCAAAACACAUUAAGAAAAUCAAUGAGAGGAAGUGUCUUGAUUCAGGUACUAAUUGGUCUGUAUUCCACACAUUCACCAAAGCCAUGGUUUGCCUUUGUCACUCGAAUGAGGUAUGCAGCGGUCAGCAAUGUACAAUUUGUGUUUGUGUUGUUUUUGUUGCCUUUCCUCUGUGGUGUCAUCGUUAAUAAGGAUGCUUUGGGAAUAAGUGUUUACACGUAGCUCUUACAGCCGUUUCUAUCCUAAGUCUAUUACUGGCUGGUCAGUGACUGAGUGGAUCAUUCACACAUCACCACCAGCUCUCAGGUGUCAUACUUAACAAUGCACAACGUACAGAUACGGAGUAGUUUAUGCAUAGAUCAAAGAUGUAUGCUAACUAGCAUAAGCAUGACUAUGAAAUACUAUCAUGUGAGCUGAUGGAAAAGCAUGUGUGUAGCAUUUAAAUCAUGCACAACCAGCUUUCACACACACACCAGCAGUAUGCUACAGUCUGACACUACACACACUUACACUACCGUUUUAGUUCAAUGUUCAAUACAAUAAACAGCGUUCCUCAUCCACAACCAUCCAUCCAGGUGUACUUUAUUGCGGUGACAUGCAUCCAACACUCCUGUGAUUUGAUUUAAUUAAUUUUACAUCUUAAAGUGUUGAGUGCAUAUUUUGCUGUAAGAGAUAUGUGUGUAAUGCGUGUUGUGAUGUGAAUCCUGAUCCUGAUAUCAAUUAGUGAAUUAAACAAACUUGCUACUACUGUCGUGGUCUAGGCUUCUUCUGAUUUGCAGGGCGGCCGCCCUCCCUGACAUUCCACACACUUUUUUCCACGCAUUUAUUUACAGAGGAUCACUUCUGGAAGAGAUAAAAGCAUAUAUUUGGAAUAUACCACCAAGCUUACAGAAAUUCUUAAGGGUAAGUGUAACUUUUUAAAAGUCUUGUGUAUCUUCACAAUCUUCUGUGUGAAGAAUUUCCUUUCAGUUUUUUCUUCUUUUAUUAGUGAUCAAAGAACAACAUCUGAAAGAGGAUUUCAGGUUCAGAGUGCUGAAGAGUUUUUAAAAUGUUAAUCUCAUCACACAAAUCCAUUUAAUUUAUAUGCAAAGCAAAGCAUAAUUGCCCAAAUGUCAAGCUAUUUCUUGAUAUUUGUCCUAUUGAUCCCUUUGAGAAUAAAUGUAAUUCAGUCGACUGGACUACAAAACCAGCUUCAAGUCCAGUUCCUCAUUGAACCCUCUCAGGCUUAAAAGGCCCAAAAUAGAAAUCAAGAAGGCCUUAGCUCCUCUCACUUUCAGGAUUGUUUUGUUGUUGUAUUGUUAUGGAACUGGUUACAUGACCUUACAUGUGGAUAACAAGUUAAGGGUUCUUUUAAAGGUUUUAAUUUAGGUUUGAUUGAUUUUGCUGUGGAGGUGCCUGUAUGAUUAAUUAUUCAAGUUAAUGAUCACCACCUCUCUGCAUUUAGUUAAUACCGCAUUAUGUCAGCAUCAUCCCUCCCUUGUGAGGCAUCUUCUCUCACCUAUAAAGCUAAUCAGCUUUCAAUCUUACUGUCAUAGCUUGCCAUUCGAGUGCAGAUUGCAGGGAUUUAGUCGCCUCUUUCUCAUAUUAACAGAUCUUAAUUCAUUUGAUUUGCAAGGAUUAGUCCAUAUAAGUCCAUCUGCUGAAUCUGCACUGUAACGCUACCGACUAUACUGUAGACAAAGAUCUUUAUAUGUAUGCCUACUUUUAAUCUUAAAACAUAUCUGGAAACCUGGUUAAAAAACUGCAGUAACAUAGCGAGCAAUCAACAGAGGGCGCCAUUGCUUUAUUAUAACAACAUGUUUUAGGUUUAAUUACUGUAAGUGUUUAUCCUAUUAUUUAAUUCAUUGUGUACUAUUUUACUAUUACAAGUAGAGUAAGGUCCCUUCUUUUUAAUGGAAUUGAACCGGCAGUGAUGCUCCACUUGCAGGCUUAUUAUUGGCCUGAACAUGCAUAGGAUUAACGUUAAUACCAGCAGCUGCAGCAGUGAUGUGACAACAACAUGGUGAGAGGUGGAAGCUUGAUAGAGGCUUAGCAUCAUGAGGACCAGUACUCCCAUUAUUUUAACUUCAUGAGCAAAGCAACGAGCAAAUUAUUGUCUGAACAGAGACAUAAUUUUGCAGUCAUAAAAACUAUAGUGCCUGAACUCUUAUUAUCUAUUAAUAGAUUUAUUGGGCUCCCGUGGGGGAAUCUUAAGGACGAUGAAAAUUACCGAAUGAGGU